GAGAGGACCGACCAACACAACAGAAACCACCACAUCCAAUUCAGAGGAAAGAAAAGAAGAUGUCCAUGGCUGUGAGCAAGCAAUGGACCCGGGUGCGCACGCUUGGCCGCGGCGCGUCGGGCGCAGAGGUGUUCCUGGCGGCGGACGACGCGUCCGGCGAGCUGUUCGCGCUCAAGUCUGCGUGCCCGUCCGGCGCCGCGGCGCUGAGGAGGGAGCACAGGAUCAUGUCUGACCUGCGCUCCCCGCGCGUCGUGUCCUGCAUCGGCGGCCAAGCCGGGCGCGACGGGUCGUACCAGCUCUUCCUCGAGUUCGCCCCCGGCGGCUCUAUCGCCGACGAGGUGGCGAGGUCCGGCGGUAGCCUCGAUGAACCUACCGUCCGGGCGUACGCGGCGGACAUUGCCAGAGGCCUCGCGUACCUCCAUGGCGAGUCCAUGGUGCACGGAGAUGUCAAGGCGAGGAACGUCGUGAUAGGCGCCUACGGCCGCGCCAAGCUCGCGGAUUUCGGGUGCUCAAGGAAGGCUGGCUGUGGCCCGAUCAUCGGCGGCACGCCGGCGUUCAUGGCGCCGGAGGUAGCCCGCGGCGAGGAGCAAGGCCCGGCGUCCGACGUCUGGGCGCUCGGCUGCACGGUGGUCGAGAUGGCCACCGGCCGCGCGCCCUGGAGCGGUAUGGACGGCGACGCGCUCGCGGUGAUGCACCGGAUCGGGUACACGAAUGUCCUGCCCGAGGUGCCCCAAUGGCUAUCUGCGGAGGCCAAGGACUUCUUGGCCUGUUGCCUUAUGAGGGAAGCCGGUGACAGGUGCACGGCGGCGCAGCUGCUGGAGCAUCCGUUCUUGGCAUGCUCUGUUGUGUUCGACACGAAGCUGGAAGAAGAUGUCAAGGGCAAGUGGGUGUCCCCGAAGAGCACGCUGGACGCGGCAUUCUGGGAGUCGGAGUCGGACAGCGAGGACGAGCUGUCAUCGUCGCACAGCUCGGCGGAGAGGAUCAAGGUACUGUCCUGCCAAACCUCGUCUCUCCCUGACUGGGACUCGGACGAGGGCUGGAUCGACGUGCUCUCCGCAGCGACAACGGAAGCUCAAGUAGUCGAGGUUGCCGUGCCGGCCGUGGAGAUGACUGACCCGGACGACUCGAUCAUCAGCGCAGAAUCAUGCAUUGCCAUUGCAGAGUGCGGGGUUAGCAACCUUGCAUUGGAGUACAGAAGCCAUGGCGGCGCCCUCAACGCGGGAGAAUCGGAUCAUGGUUCAGUCGACGGCAGUAGGGAUCAUCAGUCUUCAGAAAUUUCAGUUAGCCACGAGCUAGCAUCAUGUAAAUUACGGUUUUGUAGCAGAAGCAUUACUAAUGAAGUAGAUUUCGUUCUCGCACAUGAUCAUGCUCUGUUUUCGCUGCUCCUCUGUGUCACACGCUUCUUCUCGUUCCCAUUGCGACACGUUCGACUAGCAAAUUCCGUGAAAAGACCGCGCCACGUCGUGGCUCCUAUCUGA